GGGCUCUGACCUUGCUCUUGACUUUUCACUCGCUGCUGUCCCUCCUGGGGCUGCCCCGCGCUCCGGCGCUCCGCCUCCUCGUCUCGGUUCUGGUCAGCUCAGCCCUCCAUGGAGAAGGUUGGCGUAGUUUUCGGCGGCUCUCGGGGCAUCGGGAAGGCGGUGGCCCAGUUAAUGGCUCAGAAGGGGUACCGGUUGGCAAUCGCGGGCAGGGACUUGGAGGUCGCGAAAGCCGCUGCUAGGGACCUUGGGGGAAAUCAUUUGGCCCUUCGCUGUGAUGUUGCUAACGAGCAAGAUAUUCAAAACGCAUUUGAAGAGAUGGAGAAAAAAUUAGGUCGUGUUAAUUUUUUGGUAAAUGCAGCUGGCAUAAACAGGGAUGCCUUAUUACUAAGAACAAAAACUGAAGAUAUGGUAUCCCAACUUCACACUAACCUCUUAGGAUCCAUGCUGACAUGUAAAGCUGCUUUGAAGAAUAUGAUUCAACAACAGGGAGGCUCUAUUGUUAACAUAGGAAGUGUUGUUGGUUUAAAAGGAAAUCCUGGCCAAUGUGCUUACAGUGCUAGCAAAGGAGGAUUAGUUGGUUUCUCUCGUUCUCUUGCUAAAGAAGUUGCAAGAAAGAAAAUUCGAGUGAAUGUCAUUGCCCCAGGACUUAUCCAUACAGAUAUGACUAAAGGGAUGAAAGAAGAACAGUUAAAGAAAAAUAUUCCCCUUGGGAGAUUUGGAGAACCUAGUGAUGUGGCACACGCUGUUGUUUUUCUUCUAGAAUCUCCUUAUAUUACAGGGCAUGUUCUGAUUGUUGAUGGUGGAUUACAGCUUGUUUUAUAAAGUGGGCACUAUUCAGUAAUAAUAGUGUUUUGAAUUAAGAUUAUAUUUAAUUUUGUUAGCAACUACUGAAUCAUAAGUGAAUGAAUGAUAAUUAAACCUAUAAAAUAACUAGUUAUUCCUUAUUUCCAAAGUUCAUUUGAUGGUGUUUAUGUGAUCAAGUAAGACCUAAAAGGGAUGAUGUUUGAUCAAUACUGUGCAGAUGUGAAAUCAGUUCUUUGGUUGUCUUAUGUGCCAUGAAAUGCAUAAUAUGCAGAGUCAUUUUCCAAAGGAUGAAACCUUUACUGAGUUAUAUAUAGGGUUAUGUUCACUUGGUCAUCUGUUUGUGCAUUUAAAUGAGAGAGAACAUAUUUUUUAAUCUUCU